AUGCGUGAGGAUGGUCUCGCAGACGACCUCGUGCAGCGCAUCGCCGAGUGCGUCGAGACGUCGGCCGACAUGCGCGCGUACGUCCUGGCCAUGCCACUUGCCGUGCUUACGUCGCCGCUGGCGGCGCUUCGCCGGCUCUACGAGGCGCUGGACGCACGCGUGCUCACGGUCCUGCCCGGCGACGCCUUUUACCCGCAGCGCAUCUCGCUGUGGCCGCAGCUGCGCGUGCCGCAGUCGAUUCCGCUCGCACGGCUCCGAGACGAUCUCACCGCUGCGCUGCCCCUCUACCCGUGGGUCGUCCAAGAGAGUAUCGACAUGCCACUGCCAUUUGCACUACGCCCUCAUACCAAAAUCAAGCUGCGCACGUGUGUGACGCCCGCCCAGCUCGGUCGCCUCGAGAACUUGCACAAUCUCUGCGCGCUGGACCUGCUCUUGGUGCACACCAGCGACCGCGUGUCGCUCGUCGAGUUGUUCCGCCACCUCCCGGCCGUCCACUGCGUCUCGGUGCUCUGGCGGCAAAAGCCAACGACCGCUGUCGUGGCCGAUGCGCUAGAAGCGAUUGCGACGUCCGCGUCGGUUCAAAAUCUGGUGUGGACCAUGUCGCUCACGGCGGGCAAGUGGGACGAGGCAUGCCGGGAGCUCUUGGCCGCCUUCUUGUCGUCGUCGCCGCUCACCAGCGUGAGCUUGCGCGGCCUGAACGCUGGGCCCAUGGCUGCGACGACGGCGACCGCGGUGGUUGCGAAUGCUAGCAUCGCUCGCCUCGAGCUGCACGAUGCACGUGUCAUUUCGACGCUCUUUCAGCUCGCACCCUCCGUGCCGUCACACUGGACGUCAUUGCGCCUGCACGGCGUGGCAGCCGACGAUCUGCCGCGAAUCGCAUCGGCCGUGACAGCUUCGAGGAUACGACACCUCUCGAUCGCACUGAAGCCGGGCAACAUCAUCGUCGACGAAGACGAGCGGCAUGGCUCCGCGAUCCUCGCGAUGCUCUCGUCCUUACCUUGUCUGCAGUCGCUCGACCUCUCGUCGAUGCUGCUGCCAAGCGUUGAAGUCAUUGCCGCUGUCCUGCCGCAGCUUGUGCAGCUUGGCUUGUCCGAGAACGACCUCCAUGACGACGGCGUCGUGGUCCUCGCAAGAGCUUUGCCGCUGUGCCGCCGACUGCGCUCGCUGCGCCUGCGCCGACAAGGCUGCUCCGAUGCCGGCGCCGUUGCUCUCGCAUCCACUUUGUCAAAAGCACCGUCGCUUCGGACGCUCGAUGUCUCGGGCAACUGCAUUGGUUCCAAGGGUGGAGCUCUCCUCGCCGCAGAGAUCCCGCAACUGCUGGACGUGGAUCUAAGCAACAACCAAAUCGGCUACGAGGGCGCAUUAGCGCUCAGCCGCAUGGUGCCAAAGACAACGCACAUGGAAAACAUCAACCUCGAAGGCAACCCGCUGUAUGUCGACGGCGUCCUGGCCAUCGUCGAGGGCGUCGCACGAUCGCCGUACCGCGUUGGUAGUGUGCAGCUCAGCCGGACGCUGGCCAAUCCGUCGCACAUCCAAGAGUGUUUGAACCGCAUUGGAGAGCUCCCCGACCCCGCGUGGUGCAUAUUUCUUGAUACGUAAAAAUUGAAUGGUUGUUUUGGG